AACUGUAAUCAGAGAACUAUUCAACCACUGAGCUGAUAUACGUUCAUACAGCCAACUGGAAGCUUUUGCAGAAAUACUAGGACGAACGAUAGAUGAACAAGGAGCAGUUUUUGUAAUGCAAUGCACCAUGGUGUGAAACUUGACUUUUUUCAAAAAGCUCUACCAGUAUUUAGAAGGAAAUAAUUAGGCCGGGAAGAAAAAGAAAAAGAAAAAAAUAGAUGUAUUGCUACCAGAUGUAUUGCUACCACAAUGUUGAUACUGACUUAAACAACUGAGCAAAAGAUCCAAGGGCUUUCUACUGAAGUUCAGAGGCAGGAGUGAAAAUAAAAGGUUUCUUGGACGUCUACUAGAUUGUAACACUUACAACAUGAGCACUCCGAUAAAAUCAAAGUGUGGUGAUGCACAGAUGAACUCUUCUAUCGGUGGCAAACAGAACCCAAGUGUGACAUAUCCAAGUGAGAACCUGGGCAGUAGGGCUUGUCUCCAUGGAAACUCCAAAAUCAUCAAAGAACUAAGUCCAGAAGAGCAACAGGAACUAAGGAGGAAGAUUAACAACCGCGAAAGGAAGAGGAUGCAGGACCUGAAUGUUGCUAUGGAUGCUCUUAGAGAGCUGAUGGUGCCUUACUCUGCUGCCCACCAGCAUGGUUCUAGUGGCAGGAAGCUCUCUAAGAUCUCAACCCUUGUCCUGGCCAGGAACUACAUCCUCCUGCUUAGUUCUUCACUGCAGGAGAUGAAGAGGCUGAUUGGAGAGAUGAGCGGACCUGCGCCCAGGCUUCUGCUGGCUGGAUGGCCACUGUUCACAACGCAGGGAUCCCUGCUUCUGACCUCUGACACCAUUAUGGCUAGCAAGUGCCCACUGCUGUCCUUAGAGGACCACCAGUAUUCCCAGCUACAGUGGUCGAAUGGUGGCCCCAUCUGUCCCUGUGCCAUGUGCAGGCUACCUCGCUUCAUCCAAUCUGUCCCCAAUCCCAGGUUUUCAAAAUGAGCUCUUCUGUUAGCGUUUAACAGUUUUCUUGACAUUUUCAGCUUCUUGACAUUUUUGAAGAAACAAUGCACUGCUGGCUGGCUGUUAUGUUUUGUUUUUUUUCGGGGGGGGGG